CCGGGGCGGAGCACCCAGGCGGGGUGGGCCGGGGACGCGAGGCGGAGCGGGGCCCCCGCACAGGCCCCGGCGGCUGGCUCGGCCCUACGGUCCCGGCGGCGGCUGCAGGAGGAAGCCCAGUGGCUGCGGAGGAGGGGAGGCGGAGAGGCCGAGGCCGCUCGCGAAGACGCUCCCGGGCUCCGCAAGGAAAGGCUCCUAGAAGGUGAGCACGGACGGCAUGCAAAGUUGUGAAUCCAGUGGCGACAGUGCGGAUGACCCUCUCAGUCGUGGCCUACGGAGAAGGGGACAACCUCGUGUGGUGGUGAUCGGUGCUGGCUUGGCUGGCCUGGCUGCAGCUAGAGCCCUUCUGGAGCAGGGCUUCACAGAUGUCACUGUGCUUGAGGCUUCCAGCCACAUUGGGGGCCGUGUGCAGAGUGUGAGGCUUGGAGACACCACCUUUGAGCUGGGAGCCACCUGGAUCCAUGGAUCCCAUGGGAAUCCUAUCUAUCAACUAGCAGAAGCCAAUGGCCUUUUGGAAGAGACAACAGAUGGGGAGCGCAGUGUGGGCCGCAUCAGCCUUUACUCCAAGAAUGGCGUGGCCUGCUACCUUACCAACCGUGGCUGCCGCAUCCCCAAGGACGUGGUUGAGGAAUUCAGCGAUUUAUACAACGAGGUCUAUAACUUGACCCAGGAGUUCUUCCGGCAUGGUAAACCAGUCAAUGCCGAGAGUCAGAACAGCGUCGGGGUGUUCACCCGGGAGAAGGUGCGGAAUCGCAUCAGGGAUGACCCUGACGACACAGAGGCCACCAAGCGCCUGAAGCUCGCCAUGAUCCAGCAGUACCUGAAGGUGGAGAGCUGUGAGAGCAGCUCCCACAGCAUAGAUGAGGUGUCCCUGAGCGCCUUUGGAGAAUGGACGGAGAUCCCAGGCGCCCAUCACAUCAUCCCCUCGGGCUUCAUGCGAGUUGUGGAGCUGCUGGCUGAGGGCAUUCCUCCACAUGUCAUCCAGUUGGGGAAGCCGGUCCGUUGCAUCCACUGGGACCAGGCCUCGGCUCACCCCCGGGGUCCUGAGAUCGAGCCCCGUGGUGAGGGUGAUCACAAUCACGACACUGGGGAGGGUGGCCAGAGUGGAGAGAAUCCCCAGCAGGGGAGGUGGGACGAGGAUGAGCCGUGGCCUGUAGUCGUGGAGUGCGAGGAUUGCGAGGUGAUCCCAGCGGACCACGUGAUUGUGACCGUUUCGCUGGGCGUGCUCAAGAGGCAGUACACCAGUUUCUUUAGGCCAUGCCUGCCCACGGAGAAGGUGGCCGCCAUCCACCGCCUGGGCAUUGGUACCACUGACAAGAUCUUCCUUGAAUUUGAGGAGCCCUUUUGGGGCCCCGAGUGCAACAGCCUGCAGUUCGUGUGGGAGGAUGAGGCAGAGAGCUGUACCCUCACCUACCCACCUGAGCUCUGGUACCGCAAGAUCUGUGGCUUCGAUGUCCUUUACCCGCCAGAGCGCUAUGGCCAUGUGCUGAGUGGCUGGAUCUGUGGGGAGGAGGCUCUUGUCAUGGAGAGAUGCGAUGACGAGGCUGUAGCUGAGAUCUGCACAGAGAUGCUUCGACAGUUCACAGGGAACCCCAAUAUACCAAAACCUAGGCGAAUCCUGCGCUCAGCCUGGGGCAGCAACCCAUACUUCCGGGGUUCCUAUUCCUACACACAGGUGGGCUCAAGUGGGGCGGAUGUGGAGAAGCUAGCCAAGCCCCUGCCCUACACAGAGAGCUCCAAGACGGCGCAUAGAAGCUCCACAAAGCAGCAGCCUGGUCACCUUUUACCAUCCAAGUGCCCAGAACAAUCCCUGGACCCUAGUAGGGGCUCCAUAAAGCCCAUGCAGGUGCUCUUCUCCGGGGAGGCCACACACCGCAAGUACUACUCCACCACCCACGGUGCUCUGCUCUCUGGCCAGCGCGAGGCCGCCCGGCUCAUCGAGAUGUACCGAGACCUCUUCCAGCAGGGGCCCUGAAAGGUGUCCUCACUGCCAAAUGUGUUCCUUGAAGAACCACUAACUCGUGACUGCUGGUCCUUGUCCCUUGCCCCGUGCUCUUAAUUUCCUAAUUGUCUGUAGAAUGGAAUUUUACCUUCUGUAGUGGACACCGGGCUGACGUCAGACCUGGCCCGAGAGCUUUUCUUUUUCUCCAGGCUGGGUAAUGACCAGGUGGGGUUCUGCUUCCUGCUUUUUUUCCUCUCUCAUGUUAUUGCAAGUGCCUUCAAUACUUUGCAUUUUGGGAUAAUAAAAGAAGUGACCCUUCCCACGCUCCUUUGCUUC